AUUUGUAAAGAAUUCUUCCUUUGAAUUCAUGGUGUUUGAGCCCAUGUAUGACUGAGAUAUAAAGAAUCUUUUAGAUUGUCGUUACUGGACCAAGAAAAGGAAGAUGACGUCUAUUAUCAAGUUAACUACCCUUUCUGGGCUCCAGGAAGAGUCUGCCCUUUGCUAUCUGCUCCAAGUGGAUGAGUUUAGAUUUUUACUGGACUGUGGCUGGGAUGAGCACUUUUCGAUGGAUAUUAUAGAUUCCCUGAGGAAGCAUGUGCACCAGAUCGACGCAGUGCUGCUGUCGCACCCGGACCCUCUGCACCUCGGAGCCCUCCCAUACGCCGUGGGCAAGCUGGGGCUGAACUGUGCAAUCUACGCCACCAUCCCUGUGUACAAAAUGGGACAGAUGUUCAUGUAUGAUCUCUACCAGUCUCGACACAACACGGAAGAUUUCACACUCUUUACACUGGAUGACGUGGACGCUGCCUUCGACAAAAUCCAGCAGUUAAAGUUUUCUCAGAUUGUGAAUUUGAAAGGUAAAGGACAUGGCUUGUCCAUCACCCCUCUACCAGCUGGUCACAUGAUAGGUGGAACCAUAUGGAAAAUCGUCAAGGAUGGAGAAGAAGAAAUUGUGUAUGCCGUUGACUUCAACCACAAGAGGGAGAUCCACUUAAAUGGAUGUUCCUUGGAAAUGCUGAGCAGACCCUCCCUACUGAUCACAGACUCAUUUAACGCCACGUACGUGCAGCCCAGGAGGAAGCAGAGAGACGAACAACUUCUGACAAACGUCCUGGAAACGCUGCGUGGCGACGGGAAUGUGCUCAUAGCAGUGGACACUGCAGGCAGAGUUUUGGAGCUCGCCCAGCUGCUCGAUCAGAUUUGGAGAACUAAAGAUGCUGGCCUGGGCGUCUACUCCCUGGCCCUGCUGAACAACGUCAGCUACAACGUGGUGGAGUUCUCCAAGUCCCAGGUAGAAUGGAUGAGUGACAAAUUGAUGCGAUGCUUCGAAGACAAAAGAAACAACCCGUUUCAGUUCCGCCAUCUCUCCCUCUGUCACGGUCUGUCGGACUUGGCUCGCGUCCCGAGCCCCAAAGUGGUGCUGGCCAGUCAGCCCGACCUAGAGUGCGGAUUCUCCAGGGACCUCUUCAUCCAGUGGUGCCAGGACCCGAAGAACUCCAUCAUUCUCACUUACAGAACCACCCCUGGGACCCUGGCGCGUUUCCUCAUUGACAACCCCACCGAGAAAAUCACAGAAAUAGAGCUGAGGAAACGUGUGAAGCUCGAAGGGAAAGAACUGGAAGAAUACUUAGAAAAAGAGAAACUAAAGAAAGAAGCUGCUAAAAAACUCGAGCAGUCCAAAGAGGUAGAUAUAGAUUCCAGUGAUGAGAGUGACGUCGAGGAAGAUAUUGACCAGCCGUCGGCUCAUAAAACCAAGCAUGACCUGAUGAUGAAAGGGGAAGGGAGCCGGAAGGGGAGUUUCUUCAAGCAGGCCAAGAAGUCCUACCCGAUGUUUCCUGCCCCCGAAGAAAGGAUUAAAUGGGACGAAUACGGAGAAAUUAUCAAACCAGAGGAUUUCUUAGUGCCAGAACUUCAAGCCACUGAAGAGGAAAAGAACAAGUUGGAAUCUGGCAUGACCAACGGCGAUGAACCCACGGACCAGGAUCUGUCGGAUGUCCCCACCAAGUGUGUGUCUGCCACCGAGUCGAUUGAAAUCAAAGCCAGGGUUACUUACAUCGACUACGAGGGACGCUCUGACGGCGACUCCAUCAAAAAAAUCAUCAAUCAGAUGAAACCACGACAGCUCAUCAUCGUGCACGGCCCGCCGGAGGCCAGCCAAGACCUCGCCGAGUGCUGCCGCGCGUUCGGGGGGAAGGACAUCAAGGUGUACAUGCCCAAGCUGCACGAGACGGUCGACGCCACCAGCGAGACCCACAUCUACCAGGUGAGGCUGAAGGACUCGCUCGUCAGCUCCCUUCAGUUCUGCAAGGCCAAGGACGCCGAGCUGGCUUGGAUCGACGGCGUCCUGGACAUGAGGGUCUCCAAAGUGGACACGGGCGUCAUCCUGGAAGAGGGGGAGCUGAAGGACGACGGGGAGGACACCGACAUGCAGGUGGACCUGCCCUCGGACCCUAGCGUCCUCGCCCAGCAGAAAGCCAUGAAGAGCCUGUUUGGGGACGACGAGAAGGAGGCGGGCGAGGAGAGUGAGAUCAUCCCGACACUGGAGCCUCUGCCGCCGCACGAGGUUCCCGGACACCAGUCUGUUUUCAUGAACGAGCCGAGACUGUCGGACUUCAAACAGGUUCUCUUGCGGGAGGGGAUCCAGGCCGAGUUCGUCGGAGGGGUGCUUGUUUGCAAUAACCAGGUCGCAGUCCGCAGAACUGAGACUGGACGCAUUGGAUUAGAAGGUUGCCUCUGUCAAGACUUUUAUAGGAUCAGAGACCUUUUGUAUGAACAGUAUGCCAUUGUGUAAAGGAGGCGUUGCCAAGAAGCCUGGCCUUCCUAAGAAACAGGAUUCGUACCUGAUUCUGAGCUUCGCUUUUUUUUUUUUUUGGUUUUGUUUUGUAACAUACAAAAAGAAUUUUCCAGAAAAACUUAAUAUGCAUUAGAUUUUUUUUUUUUUUUUUUGGUAAAGGUAACAGUGUCCAACUAGUGCUCCAGUGAGAUUCAGCCUUGAGCUUCCCCGACCCCAGAAGGGCUCUUUACUUGAAUCCAACAAUGCAACUUGGCAAACCCGUUCAUGGCCUUAGUGAACAAGUUUGCAUGUGUGGCUGCAAACAUUUUCUAACCAUUUCCUGGAACAAAAAAGUGAGAACUCUUUAGAAGAUGUGCUAUUUUUUUCAAAAGCGGAUAAGAUUGUUUUCAGAGGCCUGUCUAGUUGAAAAACAAAGGGCGUGUGUGUGUGUGUGUGUGUGUCUGUCUGUCUGUCUAUCUUUCGGAUUCUUGUGGACAGUAGUUUGCCCACUGUCCCGUGCCUCUGUGGUAUACGUGGUGGUUGUGGUGGUUUGCCCAGUGUGAGCUGAUACACACGUGACUCCGAAAUCAAUUUUCAUUCCUUCUGAGUGUGUGUGUUUGUGUGUGUGUGUGCUGUGUAUGAAGAUUUUAUUGUGCAGUCUGAAUGAUAACACCAUCAUUUGAAUACACAUGAUUCAAAAGAAUUCCUUGAUGCCUGGAGGCAUUUGAAAUACUUCCUUAAUUAUCAGGUACUUUAAUGUAUUGUACUGCUACAGGAGAACAAAUGUUGAACAGCACCUCUGCAUACAGUAGCAGUACACUCUAAGUAAAGGUGUCAAUGUUUUCUCUUCAGUUACCCAGGCAGCGGUUCAAUUCUGUACCCAUUGCAACCCAGAUAGUACUAAAGUCGGAUCAGGUUAACCAUUCUCUGUUCACGGCUUUCUUGUAGCUAGCAGCCUGUAAACUACUGCGUUUAAAAAAUAAAAACAAUGUAUGAAUCUAUGCACUUUUCACCGAACUGAAGCGAUGCAAACCAUGUCAGCAGCUGCUGAUUCUUGUGUAGGAUGUAGCUUAAUCAUGGCAGACGUUACUAUUAUUUUCACAAGUAUUUUGGUUCUACUCUUCAUACUUGCUUUUUUUAAAUAAAUAAAUAAAUAAAUAAAAAGAACCAAAAGGAUCCAUCAACUUGUUUAGUUUAGAUGGUACUCUGUACAGCAUGAUCCGAGCGUAAUCGGAGUAGAAUCAAUCAUUCUGUUUCAGACUUCUCUUGUGGACAAUCGCGCGAAUGCAGAGUUUCCAGCUUCCUGAUUGUGAAAGGCAAAUCCACCAAAUAAUGUUGCAGAAAAUGAAGAUAAAGAGUGCGCUUGUGUUGUAGGGCUUUGAAAAAAGAUUUCACCCUUUAUUACCGAAGCAAGUCUGAUAUUCUAUUUCUGCGCUGGGGAAAGAGUCUGUUUGUUUCAUGCUUUAGAGUCAGGUCAUACAUAUUUCAUUGCAAUACCGAUGUUGAAAAAUUGUUUUUUGACUAGCUUCUUACUGUCUCAUGUACAGGCAUUAAAUUUUAAAGCACUG